AUGGCGCCUUCUCUCUUCCGCGCCGUCCGACCGGCUUCGCAGCUGUACCGAUCCAGCGCACCCUCGUCGUCGCGUCUGCUCUCGACCACCGUGCGCCGCUCGCUCGCCACCGAGGCGGCCGACAAGGCGGUGCCCAUCUCGCCCGCCACCUCCGCCUUCACCGUCGAGGAGCUGCACAGCCGCAGCGCACAGGAGAUCCUCAGCGAGGGCGGCUCCAGAAAGGACCGCUCGCUCCGCCACUUUACCGUCAACUUUGGCCCCCAGCACCCCGCCGCCCACGGUGUGUUGCGUCUGAUCCUCGAGCUCAACGGCGAGGAGAUCCUGCGUACGGACCCCCACGUCGGUCUCUUGCACCGAGGCACGGAGAAGCUGAUCGAGUACAAGACGUACACGCAGGCGCUGCCGUACUUUGACCGACUCGACUACGUUUCGAUGAUGACCAACGAGCUGUGCUACUCGCGCGCCGUGGAGAAGCUGCUCAACAUCGAGGUGCCCGAGCGCGCCAAGUGGAUCCGCACCAUGUUUGGCGAGAUCACGCGCAUCCUCAACCACUGCAUGGCCGUCCUCUCGCACGUCAUGGACGUCGGUGGUCUGACGCCCUUCCUGUGGGCGUUCGAGGAGCGUGAGAAGCUCAUGGAGUUCUACGAGCGCGUGUCGGGUGCGCGUCUGCACGCCGCCUACGUGCGUCCCGGUGGUGUGGCGUACGACCUGCCGCCCGGCCUGCUGGACGACAUCUACAAGUGGGCGACGCAGUUCGGCUCGCGCGUUGACGAGAUCGAGGAGGUGGUGACGGGCAACCGUAUCUGGAAGGGCCGCACCAUUGGCAUCGGCAAGGUCACCGCACAGGAGGCGCUCGACUACGGCUUCUCCGGCGUCAUGCUGCGUGGCUCGGGUAUCCCCUGGGACAUCCGCAAGGUGGCGCCGUACGACGCCUACGACCAGGUGGAGUUCGACGUGCCCGUGGGCAAGAACGGCGACUGCUACGACCGAUACCUCUGCCGCGUCGAGGAGUUCCGCCAGUCGCUGCGCAUCAUCGAGCAGUGCCUCAACAAGAUGCCCGCGGGCCAGAUCAAGGUGGACGACCACAAGCUCGUGCCGCCGCCGCGUGCCACCAUGAAGGAGAGCAUGGAGUCGCUCAUCCACCACUUUAAGCUCUUCUCCGAGGGCUACGCCGUGCCGCCCGGCGAGACGUACUCGGCCAUCGAGGCUCCCAAGGGCGAGAUGGGCGUCUACCUCGUCUCGGACGGCACCAACCGUCCGUACCGCUGCAAGAUCCGCGCGCCCGGCUUCGCCCAUCUCGCCGGCGCCGACUUUAUGGCACGCCACCACUACAUCCCCGACAUGGUCGCCAUCAUCGGUACGCUCGACUUGGUGUUCGGUGAGGUCGACCGUUGA